AUGGGGUUCAUCACCGGCCACUCAACAAUGGGGUUCAUCACAAGAUGCUCAACAGCUUAUCGUAUAUGUCAGUUGCGAUCACAAAGUUCCCAUAGUCCAACUUAUGAUGAGAGAAUUGAGUUAUGGAAUCUGGAAAAUGAGCAAUUUGAAGAGUUAAUAAUUCAACCAUCACUGAGUUAUUACAGCCGUUAUUUUGAAAGAGGACCAGUUCAAACCGGUAGCGGUGUAGGGUGGAGAAAUGUUUGGGGUCGGUUACAAGAAGAUGAUGCUGCAUGUCGUCACUUACUACGAAUGUCUUUAGAUGUUUUUAGAUCUCUUUGUGACAUAUUGCAAUCAAAAUAUGGUUUGCAUCCAACGAUGAAUGUUUGUAUCGAAGAGAGUGUGGCAAUGUUUUUGCAAAUUUGUGGGCAUAAUGAAGUUCAAAGAGAUGUUGGAAUAUGGUUUGGACAGACACAAGAGACAGUGAAUAGAAAGUUUUUUGAAGUUCUUACGGCGACAGAGUUACUUGCUUGUGAUUAUGUCAAGACCCCAACAAGACAAGAACUACUUCGAAUUCCUGAAAGCUUGCAAACAGACAGAAGAUAUUGGCCAUAUUUUAGUGGAUUUGUUGGAGCUAUGGAUGGAGUUCAUGUAUGUGUUAAAGUGAAGCCUGAACUACAAGGAAUGUACUGGAAUCGACAUGAUUGGACAUCAUUUAAUAUCAUGGCAAUAUGUGAUCUAAAUAUGUUGUUUACAUAUGUUUGGAAUGGAGCACCCGGAUCAUGUCACGAUACAGCAGUUCUCACGAUGGCAGAAAAUAGUGAUUCUGAAUUUCCUUUGCCUCCAGUAGACAAGUAUUAUGUAGUUGAUUCUGGGUAUCCAAAUAAGCAAGGUUUUUUGGCUCCAUACAGAUCUUCUCGGAAUAGGGUUACUAGGUAUCAUAUGUCUCAUUUUAACAACGGUCCUCCUCCUAAGAAUAAACAAGAACUGUUUAAUCGAUGUCAUGCAUCUCUACGUUCUGUUAUUGAAAGGACAUUUGGAGUCUGGAAGAAGAAAUGGAGGAUUUUGAGUGAUUUUCCCAGAUAUAAUAUUGCAGUUCAAAAAAGAGUGAACAACGAGAUUGACGAGAGGAGGAUGACCAGAAGCUGUGAACGGAUCCAAGCUCAGCUGUGUCGGAUCGAGGAAGAAGCCAACGACUUUGAUUUGGCUCGCCGUAAAUCUCGGUUGGGGCUCGAGAGCGCUAGUGGCUGGAGUGAGGGUUUCAGGAGUCUCGGGAGUGGGGAGAGUGGUGAGGCAGAGAUGAGUAGCAGUGGUGAGAAGACAGAGCUUAACUUCGACUUCCAUGGAGAAGAAGAGAAUUUACGACAGGGGAGAGUUCUUUCAUUCCUUUUUUCAUUUUACAUUAUAUUUCUGAGAAAUCUGAGAAAACCUACUGAAGAUGACAGUGACAUUGGAGGACUGGAGAAGCAGGUACUGAUUAAACAAGGGGUAACAGUAGAUGAACUCAGUUUAUGGAAUGUGGCUGCUUUUAAGAUAUUUAGUCUUGUUUCUGUUUUCUUCAUGCAAGACUCUUUUGCCAAUGACAAAUCAAAUAUUCUAAUGAUUCUAUGUGCAAGCUCGGAUCCAAAGGAAAUGUACAAGACUCUUUGCACUCUGGAGUAUGGGGCAAAAGCAAAGUGCAUAGUUCGUGGGUCACAUAUUCCGAACAAGGAUAAGAAUGGGGGUGAUGAGUCUUCUUCUGCUGUGAUUUUGGGAACAAGAAUAUAG